CAUCAGACCCGCAUAUUGAACGGUUGUUGUGUUGUCAAGCGUCGACUUAACUGGAAUACCUAAUAAGCCAACUAUGUGUGAAUAAGUUAACGGUUAAAAUAAUUUCAGUUAAAUACUUGUAAGAAUACAAGAAUAUACCAUUUACUUAAGAUAGCUGCAAAUGGGUCACACUAAACACCGGUAUUUGACCUGCAGACCUACAUAACAGUCAUUAGGAGAUCCAUGGCAACCAAAUAAAGUAAAAAUAUAUGGUAUAUAGUGACCGAAUUAAUUGAUUAACUAUGAUUAAAGGUGCUCCUGAAAAGCCACGACGAACACUUCAAUAUGUUGAAGAAGCUUUUCGACAAAUUGAAAAGAAGAAAAACAUUCGCGAUGUUGUUAUUGUUAACGAACUGGGUCAUCCAGUAAAAAGCACAAUGGAAUUUAAGUCAUCUGUAAAAUUUGUUGGACUAUUUCAAGAACUUCAAGGCAGAAUAGAGCGAGGAAUGGAACACAUUGAUCCCACUGAUGAAUUCUUGAUGCUGCGGGUACGCACUAAAUCCGAUGAAGUUCUGUUAGUGCCAGACUCUAAAAUUACAAUUAUUGUGGUUCAAAAUGCAGAUAAAUAAAAUUGGUAGCAAUUUUCUCAUAAUAAAUAUUCAA